UCCAUGUCUUCAGUCGGCGAUAGGCGGGUAUGGACCGUCCAGGAAGACAAUGCCAUCAGACAACUUGUCAUGAAGUACGGAACGCGGUCAUGGAGUGUGAUUGCAGAACACAUUGUGCAAGACUUCAACAUAGAUGGGCGCACUGGGAAACAAUGCAGAGAGCGUUGGCAUAACCACCUUGAUCCCCACAUAAACAAAGAGGCAUGGACCGAAGAGGAAGAAAGAAUAAUGGCAGAUGCCCAUAAGACGUUAGGUUGUAACAAGUGGUCGGAAAUAGCAAAGCUACUUCCUGGUCGGACUGACAAUCAUGUGAAGAAUCACUGGUACUCUUUCAUGCGACGUAAUGUUCGCAGACUGAAUCGAGAGGUCAAUGACGGCCAGCCCAAUCACCAACAUGUUGGGAUAGUCGCAAAGCAAGCACGGCCGUCUGACAGCUUUCAAGCCCCCCCAAAGCGAGGUAGAUCCCGCAAGGCGGCGAAUCUGGCAGAACUUCAACGGUACUUCACUGCUGCUGCCGAGGCAGCAUCCGAAGUGCUUCAUGAGGACACUUCAUCCGACAAUCGGGAGGACCUCGCUAAAAUUGCCGAGGUGGAAAUCAAACCUCUUGAUAGCCCCAGGUAAUGUGUGAUUUUGUUUCUUCGCGUAAAGCCCCCCUCCGUAGUCGCAUGGUUGCUGUUAGUCUCGCGAGUGGCAACCUACGAUUCCGAGACAAGCUUCGCGAAAAACUCGAAGCGACGGGAGGUGUAGCGUGCAAGAUACAUGUUGGAGCAUCAAUCCAAAAGCCAGAGUCAGCACCAGAAGUGCGGCCCAACCUCCGUAUGAUUCAUGUAUCCAGCAAGUGACGCCUUUGCAUGCUAGGCCAAUGUGAUGAUGCAAGUAGAUCUAAACAGAAGGUAGAUCUAGUGAUUUUGCAUAUAUCUUACCUGCUAGUGC